UGUAAACCGCAUCGAAGAGUGUACAUUGUGGCUUUAAAUUCCUCCAGAUGGCAGUUACAACUUCAGAGGGGGUUAAAUGGGUGACGGGAGAGGGAGUAUACGAUCCCUUUGGGCUGCCGUAUGAGCGUACAUACACUGCAGACCAUUCACAUUUUCGGGCGUGUGUUUUCAAGUUUCACAACAACUACGUGCAAAUGCAAGCUGGUUUCAACUAUCAACCUACUGAACCUAGCUAUGCAAGUGGAGGAUGUACGUCUCACCAACACAAAAUCGUUACAUUAAAGUCAGGAGAUUCGCUUAUGGAGUUAACAAAUGAGUUACAUGGGAAUGUGUCAGAUAUACAAAGGCGGAGAGUGUGCCUAUGGUACAGUGAGAAAUACCACGAAGCUCUUUAUGUGCUGCAGGAAGACUUAUCCAAAGAUAUUCACUUAAUAGAGCAAAGUGAAACCGAAGAACGGAACAAUAACGGCGAUUCUGAGCCUAAUAACGAAUUGAGCGUUUUGAAUGAAGCUUUAAAUGAGUGCAGGCAGAUGCGGAUGGUCUGGCACAUGUGUCACACUUUGUACGCUGUGGCACCUGAAGGACGCUCGGCACAGCUCUAUUUCUGGCGUUGGGCUCAGGUA